AUGGAUGAGAUGUUUGAUGUGUUCGAGGGCAAGGUGGACGCCCCGAGCGCGAGCGAAGAUGAGAACGUGCCGAAUCGCAAGGGUGACACGAAAAAGAGAAAGGCAAACGCGAUAAACGGCGAGAACGGCGAUGCUGUGGUGAAAACUGAGGACGUUGACAUGGACGCCAAGACCGAGUCUUCAAAAGACGGAGAUGAUUCUUCUGACGACGAAGAUUCUUCGGAGAGCGCCAGUCAGCAGGAGUCCAAGCGGAGGAAGAAGGAGGAAGGUGUUGGUCCUGUCAUGACAGAUACCUUCCAGACGGCCGAGUCGAGAGAAGUUGCUGGCGCCGCUACUUUCACAGAGCAGGAUUCAUCACUUGUUUUGUCGCACAACAUUCAGCAUCAGGUUGCCCUGCCUCCGGAUCUAGACUACGAAUACGUCCCCCUUUCCGAGCACAAGGCCCCCGAGCAACCCGCGCGAACAUGGAACUUCAAGCUCGAUCCUUUCCAGAGUCUUUCCGUGGCGUCUAUUGAGAGAGAGGAGAGUGUUCUUGUUUCCGCGCACACUUCUGCCGGAAAGACUGUUGUGGCUGAGUAUGCUGUCGCGCAGUGCUUGAAGCGCAACCAAAGAGUCAUCUACACAAGUCCCAUCAAGGCUCUAAGUAACCAAAAGUACCGAGAUUUCGAGGCCAUCUUUGGAGAUGUUGGUCUCAUGACUGGUGAUGUUACCAUCAACCCUACAGCAAGCUGUCUUGUCAUGACGACUGAGAUUUUGCGAUCUAUGUUGUAUCGCGGUUCUGAGAUUAUGCGAGAAGUCGCCUGGGUUGUGUUUGAUGAGAUUCAUUACAUGAGAGACAAGAUAAGAGGUGUCGUUUGGGAAGAGACCAUCAUCAUGCUUCCCGACAAGGUCCGAUACGUCUUCCUCUCUGCCACCAUCCCCAACGCUUUCCAAUUCGCCGAGUGGAUUGCCAAGAUCCAUCAUCAAGCUUGUCACGUUGUUUAUACCGAUUUCCGACCUACUCCCCUACAGAACUACUUCUUCCCCUGUGGUGGUACUGGCGCUCGUCUCAUCGUUGAUGAGAAGAGCAACUUCAAUGAGCAGAACUUCAACAAGGUCAUGCAAGAGGUUGAAGAAAAGAAGGGCGCUGACCCUAAUGAUCCUAAUGCUCGCCAGAAAGGAAGGGGCAAGAACAAGAAGACUGACAAGGGUGGCGCUGACAGUGGCUCGGAUAUCUCCAAGAUUAUUCGAAUGACUAUCAAGAGGAAGUUCAACCCCGUUAUUGUUUUCAACUUUAGCAAGCGAGAGUGUGAGAACCUGGCUAUGAACAUUUCGUCACUCAGCUUCAACGACGAUUCUGAGAAGGCCAUGGUCCGCAAGGUUUUCAACAGCGCCAUUGAGAGUUUGUCAGAGGGAGACCGAGAGCUUCCUCAGAUUAUCAACUUGUUGCCUCUUUUGGAGCGAGGUAUUGGCGUUCAUCACUCUGGUCUGCUGCCCAUUCUCAAGGAGACUAUCGAGAUUCUCUUCCAGGAGUCUUUGAUCAAGGUUCUUUUCGCAACUGAGACCUUCUCCAUCGGUCUCAACAUGCCUGCCAAGACUGUUGUUUUCACCCAAGUUACCAAGUGGGAUGGUGUCAAGAGACGCCCUCUCACUUCAUCCGAGUACAUUCAGAUGGCUGGACGUGCUGGUCGUCGUGGUCUUGAUGCUCGAGGUAUUGUCAUCAUGAUGAUUGACGACAAGCUUGAGCCCGAUACCGCCAAGGAGAUUGUUACAGGUCACCAAGAUCGACUCAACUCUGCUUUCUACCUCGGUUACAACAUGAUUCUCAACCUUCUACGUAUCGAAGCCAUCUCUCCCGAAUUCAUGCUCGAGCGAUGCUUCCAUCAAUUCCAGAACGCGGCUAGCGUCCCCUCUUUGGAGAAGGAGUUGAUGUCGUUACAACAGGAGCGCGACAACACCAGCAUCCCCGACGAGUCCACGGUCAAGGAUUACUACCAGAUUCGACAGCAGCUCAGCGCUUACACUAAGGAUAUGCGCACUGUUAUCCAGCACCCCAACUACAGUCUUUCUUACCUGCAGCCAGGCCGCUUGGUGCAGAUCUACAACCCCAAGGACGAGAACGAGACUAUUACUGGAACCGGAACCGACUUUGGCUGGGGUGUUAUCGUCAACCAAACCCCUCGCCGCGCGCCCAAGAUGGGUGAACUAGAUUAUGCCCCUCAGGAAUCCCAUGUCAUUGACGUGCUUCUUCCCAUCUCCCGAUCGAGCGCGGAUUUCUAUCCUACUCAGCCUGUGGAAGAUGCCCCUAUGCCCGUUGGCCUCAAACCUUUUGGCGAUGACGACGACGACGUCAAGUUCGCUGUUGUCCCUUGUCUUCUAACCUGCAUCAAGGCUAUCAGUCAAAUUAGGCUUUUCCUGCCCAAGGACGGCCUCAGAAAUGAUUCAGAAAAGGAGACGCUCACAAAGUCUUUGAUGGAGGUCAAGCGUCGCUUUCCCGACGGUCUGCCUGUUCUGGACCCCAUCGAGAACAUGGAAAUCACCGACGACUCGUUCAAGAAGCUCCUUCGCAAGAUCGAAGUCCUUGAGUCCCGACUUUUGGCUAACCCUCUUCACCUCUCGCCUCUUCUUCCUGCUCUCUGGGACCAGUACCACGCCAAGGUCAAGCUCACCGAGAAGGUCAAGGAGACCAAGAAGGCCAUCGCCAAGGCGUACAGCAUCGCUCAGAUGGACGAACUCAAGUCUCGCAAGCGUGUGCUGCGACGUCUCGGCUUUAUUAACGAUUCUGAAGUCGUCCAGCUAAAGGCUCGCGUUGCUUGUGAGAUUUCCUCCACUGAAGGACAUGAGUUGCUUCUCUCUGAAUUGCUCUUUGACAGAUUCUUCAACGAGCUUACUCCUGAGAUGUGUGCUGCCGUCAUGAGUUGUUUUAUCUUUGACGAGAAGAUCGAAACAACCCAGCUCAAGGAGGAGUUAUCGAAACCUUAUCGUGAGAUUCAGGCCAAGGCUCGCAUCAUUGCCAAGGUCAGCCAGGAAUGCAAGCUUGAGGUCAACGAGGAGGAAUACAUCCAGAAGCUCAAGUGGCAGCUGAUGGAGACGGUCUACGCAUGGGCCCAAGGACGUCCUUUCAUUGAGAUUUGCAAAAUGACAAAGGUCUACGAAGGCUCUCUGAUCCGCCUCUUCCGUCGUCUAGAAGAGCUGCUUCGUCAGAUGGGCCAGGCCGCCAAGGUCAUGGGCAACGACGAUCUAACGAAGAAGUUUGAGGACAGUUUAUCCAAGAUCCGCAGAGAUAUUGUGGCCGCGCAGAGCCUGUACCUAUAA